AUGGCUUUGGCCUCCUCGAUCGCUGCCGUCGUAUCCUGUUCCUGGACAAUCAUAUCCAUGUAUAAGCUUAGAAUUCUGGAGCAGCCAGAGCACGUUCGCACUUCCGGCUAUGUUACCACAGUAUCGGGCCGCCCGAUAAAUCCUGUCCCGGUGCUGCAGCUUUCGUACAUUACCGGCGACGACUCGUCCGAGUCGGCAAGCCCUCGGCCGUCACUUGAGCUGCAGGAUCAUCAAGGAGACCGUUCCGAAUAUCAACAGCGGAUGCCAACUCCCGAGCACUCCAGCCAACUCAACCAGCCGCGCAAUACCUCGAGACCAACAUCCAAUGCACUGAAUCCUGCGCCGCUUGACCCGUCACCCCACGAUCCUACCGCUCUCGAAGGCCCACCUUCUUCUGUUGCAGAGACCAACUCGGACGAACAGAGCCGCGGGAACCGGAGCCGCGAUCGCAACGCUACCAGAGCCAUCACAACGCUCUUUGGCAGUCUCGUGUCGCCCAGUUACUUUGCUCGAGGACUUGACCAGGCCAUGGGCGUCUUCUUUGUCUUUGGAAACCUGUGCGUCCGCAUGGAGGGGUCGUUCCGGCUGCAAUUCACGCUUGUGGAUCUGCAUUUAUACCUCCCAGCUUCCGCAGCCUCGCGACCUAUCAGCCAGUACGUCAGAGCAGUCGUGUAG